AAAAAGUUUCAAUAGGAAAGGGGAGAAAAGUUAGGGUAUAUUAUACUUCCUCUCCUUGCCAUUUUCCCUCCAUUUUGAACUCUCUAGGGUUUCUUACAGUAGUGAGGUCCGAUUUCCCUGACCACAGAUUUCUAUGGCUUCUUCAUCAGCUUCCUUGUCAUCAAGCCAUGGCUACGAAAUUCCAUGGGUUGAGAAGUUCAGACCUACAAAAGUGGCAGACAUUGUUGGGAACGAAGAUGCCGUCUCCAGGCUUCAAGUAAUUGCGCACGAUGGUAACAUGCCAAAUCUCAUCUUAGCUGGUCCUCCUGGAACAGGUAAGACCACAAGCAUAUUAGCUCUUGCUCAUGAGUUACUUGGACCAAAUUACAAAGAGGGAGUUUUAGAGCUUAAUGCAUCAGAUGACAGAGGUAUUGAUGUUGUGAGAAACAAAAUUAAGAUGUUUGCACAGAAGAAAGUCACUCUACCCCCUGGAAGGCACAAAGUAAUCAUUUUGGAUGAAGCUGACAGCAUGACAUCUGGAGCACAACAAGCGCUGAGGAGAACAAUGGAAAUAUAUUCAAACUCUACCCGUUUUGCCCUUGCAUGCAACACAUCAGCAAAAAUAAUUGAACCCAUUCAGAGUAGAUGUGCCCUUGUGCGAUUUUCCAGGUUAUCUGAUCAAGAAAUCCUUGGUCGGCUCAUGGUUGUGGUUGAUGCAGAAAAGGUGGCAUAUGUCCCAGAAGGGCUUGAAGCGAUUAUUUUUACUGCUGAUGGUGAUAUGCGACAGGCUUUGAAUAAUUUACAAGCAACUUAUACUGGAUUUCGAUUUGUGAAUCAAGAAAAUGUUUUUAAGGUGUGUGAUCAGCCUCAUCCUUUGCAUGUGAAAAAUAUGGUCCGGAAUGUUGUAGAAGGGAAAUUUGAUGAUGCUUGUUCUGGUCUGAAGCAGCUUUAUGAUUUGGGAUAUUCACCAACUGAUAUCAUCACUACCCUUUUCAGAAUCAUAAAGAAUUAUGACAUGGCAGAGUAUCUGAAACUGGAAUUCAUGAAGGAAACUGGAUUUGCACAUAUGAGGAUCUGUGAGGGAGUUGGUUCAUAUCUUCAACUAUGUGGUCUGCUUUCAAAGCUCUCGAUUGCUUGUAUUACAGCUAAAGCAGCAUAAGAGCAAGGCAAUGACAAAAAAGAAGCUUGCUUUUAUUUUUAUUUUUUUAUUUGGCAUUGCUUCUUUUUCUGACAUCUGUACUAGAUCUUAAUUUUCUUUUUCUUCUUCUUCGUUUUGUUGAUGGUUGGUAAGUUUUUAAAUAGGAUCAAAUCUUGCAACCAAUUAACCUGAAACCAUCAGUACAGUUGUGCUGUAAGUUUUUAAGUUUUUAUAAUUUCUAAUCUCUAGUUUGUUUUUGUGCAUUA